CGAGCCGCGGGGCGGACGCCGGGAGCAGCGGCCGGGCCGGGGAGCGCGGCGCGGACGGGCGUUUCUCGUAGCACCGCCGCCGCCGCCGCGAUCCGCUGCUCGAGCGCUCCUCGUCCUUCCGUCCCCUCCCCUGCUCUCCAGCCUGGGGUCUCGAGGCGGGGAGCGGAGGGAAGGGACGGAGGAGGAGGAGGAGAAGGAGGCGGCGGCGGGAGCCGUGGGAGGGGCGGAGGGGGUCCGGGCGCGGGGCGAGGAGCCGCCGUUUCCUCGCCCGGUGCCACGGCCCGCGCGCGCGGGGCUCCCGGGCGCCCGCACUAUGCAGGCGGCCCUGCGGCCGCGGCGAUGGCGAGCCGGCGGGUGCUGAGAGCCGGCUGCCGCGCGCACGGGGUCCGGGUCUGGGCCGCGGCCGCGCUGCCCGGCCCCGGCCCCCUCCCUCCCCGCGCCAACUCCUCCUUCCCCAUGCCUCCGGCCCUCCUGCUCUUGCUACUCCUGCUCCUGCUGCUCGAAGACGCCGGAGCGCAGCAAGGUGACGGGUGUGGACACACUGUAUUGGGCCCUGAAAGUGGAACUCUUUCAUCCAUAAACUACCCACAGACCUACCCCAAUAGCACUGUGUGUGAAUGGGAAAUCCGGGUGAAGAUGGGCGAGAGAGUGCGCAUCAAAUUUGGUGACUUCGACAUUGAAGAUUCUGAUUCUUGUCACUUUAAUUAUUUGAGAAUUUAUAAUGGAAUUGGAGUUAGCCGAACUGAAAUAGGCAAAUACUGUGGUCUGGGAUUGCAGAUGAACCAUUCAAUUGAAUCAAAAAGCAAUGAAAUUACAGUGCUGUUCAUGAGUGGAAUCCACGUUUCUGGACGAGGAUUUUUGGCUUCAUACUCAGUUAUAGAUAAACAAGAUUUAAUUACUUGUUUGGACACUGCAUCCAAUUUUUUGGAACCUGAGUUCAGUAAGUACUGCCCGUCAGGUUGUCUGCUUCCCUUUGCUGAGAUAUCUGGAACAAUCCCUCAUGGAUAUAGAGAUUCCUCUCCGUUGUGUAUGGCCGGCGUGCAUGCAGGAGUAGUGUCAAACAUUUUGGGUGGCCAGAUCAGUGUUGUAAUUAGUAAAGGUAUCCCGUACUAUGAAAGUUCACUGGCCAACAACGUCACAUCUGUGGUGGGACACUUAUCUACAAGCCUUUUUACAUUUAAGACAAGUGGUUGUUAUGGAACACUAGGGAUGGAAUCUGGUGUGAUUGCGGAUCCUCAAAUCACCGCAUCGUCUGUGCUGGAGUGGACCGACCACACGGGGCAAGAACACAGCUGGAAACCAGAAAAGGCUCGGCUGAGAAAACCUGGGCCUCCUUGGGCAGCUUUUGCCACUGAUGAGUAUCAGUGGUUACAAAUAGAUCUAAAUAAGGAAAAGAAGAUAACAGGCAUUAUAACCACUGGCUCUACGAUGGUGGAGCACAAUUACUAUGUGUCAGCCUACAGAAUUCUGUACAGUGAUGAUGGACAGAAGUGGACUGUGUACAGAGAGCCUGGUGUGGAGCAGGAUAAGAUAUUUCAAGGAAACAAAGAUUAUCAUCAGGAUGUGCGUAAUAACUUUUUGCCACCAAUUGUUGCACGUUUUAUUAGAGUGAAUCCUACCCAAUGGCAACAGAAAAUUGCCAUGAAAAUAGAACUGCUUGGAUGUCAGUUUAUACCCAAAGGUCGUCCUCCAAAACUUACUCAACCCCCACCUCCUCGGAACAGCAAUGACCUCAGAAACACGACAGCCCGUCCCCAGAUAGCCAAAGGUCGUGCCCCAAAAUUGACUCAACCACUACAACCUCGCAGUAGCAAUGACUUUCCUGCACACAGGGAACAAACAACUGCAGCUCCCGAUAUUAAAAACACUACAGUGACUCCAAAUGUAACCAAAGAUGUAGCCCUGGCAGCAGUCCUUGUUCCUGUGCUAGUCAUGGUCCUCACCACUCUCAUUCUGGUAUUAGUGUGUGCGUGGCAUUGGAGAAACAGAAAGAAAAAAACCGAAGGCACCUAUGAUUUACCUUACUGGGACCGAGCAGGUUGGUGGAAAGGAAUGAAGCAGUUUCUCCCCGCCAAAUCAGUGGAGCAUGAAGAAACGCCAGUUCGCUACAGCAGUAGUGAAGUUAAUAACCUGAGUCCGAGAGAAGUCACCACAAUGCUGCAAACAGAUUCUGCAGAGUAUGCACAGCCACUUGUGGGAGGAAUUGUUGGCACGUUUCACCAGCGCUCUACCUUUAAACCAGAAGAAGGAAAGGAAACAGGCUAUGCCGACCUGGACCCAUACAACUCCCCGGCGCAGGAUGUCUAUCACGCCUACGCGGAACCACUCCCAAUUACCGGGCCCGAGUAUGCAACCCCCAUCAUUAUGGAUAUGUCAGGGCACCCCACAGCUUCCGUCGGUCUGCCCUCAACAUCCACUUUCAAAGCUGCUGGGAACCAAGCUCCCCCUCUCGUGGGAACGUACAAUACUCUUCUUUCCAGAACUGACAGCUGCUCCUCUGCCCACGCCCAGUAUGAUACCCCAAAAGGUGGGAAGCCGGGUCCCAGUGGCCCAGAUGAACUGGUGUACCAGGUGCCGCAAAGCACACAGGAGGUAUCAGGAGCAGGGAGGGAUGGUGGAAGUGAUGUCUUUCAAGAAAUCCUUUGAAGGUGAUGCUGCUUUUUAAAAAGCAUCAUUUUAAGCACAUAACCUUUAUCUUUUUUUUUUUUUGGUAAUAGUGGGUAGUAAUAUAUAGAAUGUAUUACGUAUCUGUUACGGAUAUGGUUGGGGAAAAUAUGUUGACCAAGCAAGGUACAGGAAACUACUAUUCUUGCCAUCUUCCUUUUAAAGUGUUACUGUGGCACAGGUACUGCUUGCCCGUUAAAUUUUGAACAUCAUGUUUGUUACUACUGUAAGACAUUAUUUUUAAUCCAGAAAAAAAAAAAGAUCCUUUCUAUGCACUUCAAAGAAAUUCAGAAUCACUGAGAGUAAGUAUUUAUUACCAAUGCUGCAGGUAUAUUAAUGAACUCAAGAGAUGGCUCUGUAAGCCUAACUGGCAAUAAUGCAUGGUACUGUUCUCGAAAUAUCUAAUGGCUUGAAAGUCUGCUUUUUGUAAAAGGUGAGUACUAUCAUGAUUUUCUCCUCCUCUAUUCUUAUAUUGCCUUGUAUAAAUUUACAAAUAAUUGAUCCAAUCAUUUGUCUUUAUCGUAGUCAUAUACACUUGUCUUUCCUUAGGAAGAUCUGUAGCUGGGAAACUGACAUGUAAUGAGCAGAAUGACUGAUUUUUUUUUUCUUCAUUUAAGAGCUUUAACCCUUCAUGGUACGUGACCUAGUCUUAUCCCUGCUGGUUCCUCUAGGAACCCUUGGCCAGCCCCAGUCUCUUGUUUAUAAAACAUUCAAGCAUUCAUUUUGAGGUUUUUCAAAGUGGUUUGUCACCUUAAAAUGCUUGCUUUUUAUCAACUUCCUGAAUUUAGAUUUCAGUCCUUAAGUGUUCUUCUCUAUGUAGGAACAGGAACUGUUUUUAGAAUUUGAAGUUAUAUAGGAGAUUUUUCUCCCUCUCUACAACUUUACUCACAGUGGGAAUUUUCCUAGGGGAGUGAUGAAAAGUUGAGUGCUUCAAAGUAGUGAACACAUAAUCCACUUACGUUUAUCACAGUGGAAAGCAGGAUCAGAGUCAUAAAAUAGCAAUUAGACCAGGGGUUAGGUCCCCAGCCACACCUGGCCUCCACCCCUGCAGCACGGAAGCAUCCUCAGGCCCUCGCACUGAGCCACUGGCCUGUAGGCUAAGUACCAACCCCACUGAGCACCUCUGGGGAAGCUCCAAGCAAAAUUAAUAAAUAAAAGAAAGAUUAAAAAGUAAUUGGAGGGGCUGGAGUGGUAGCACAGCGGGUAGGGCAUUUGCCUUACACACGGCCGACCCGGAUUCAAUUUCCAGCAUAUGGUCCCCUGAGCAUCGCUGGGUGUGACCCAAAAAAAGGCAAAAAAAAAAAAAGUAAUUGGAAUCUGGCCUCUUUCAUUUUAUAUGUUUUAUUUCUUUGAAUUUCAAGGUACUUUUAGUCAAAUACAAAAAAUUGUUUUCCACAGUAAACAUUCAUAAGAAAAUUAAACCCAGAUCUGUAUAAUUAUGCGCUCCACUCACCUUUGAAAUGAAAGGCAUAAACAGCCCUUUCGAAUCCUGCUUUCAUCUUGUGAUGAGAGGCAUAAACGAUCCUUUACACCCAAAGAAUAGAUGCUAUAGAAUCCUAGUGGGUGAAUACUUAGCUCUUACUUUUGAUUACUAGUGAGAAAACUCUUGGUAACCACAUGCCCAGAACUAGUUUUACAUGGGGAACAUGGAAUUGAUAAAUUCCAUUCAGUGUAUCUGUCUGUAGUAUUUUUCAAAGUGAAAGUGUCUGUGGCCAGAGUGUUAGUAUAGGGGUUAAAGUGCUUGCUGCCACCCCUGGUUGGAAUUGUGGUCACCAUACAGCACCACCAGGAGUCACUGCUGAGUGUAGAGCCAGGAAGAGCCCCCAAGCACCUCCAGGUAUAGCCAGUUCCCUCACCCCCAAAUAAGGUCGAAGUGAAGGCAUCAACAGAACACCAGAAGCUACCAUAUAAUUGAAACAGAUAAAUGGGAUUUUUUUCUCUUUUUAUAAAGUUUGUUCACUUAAAAUGUAAUUUCCUAUCAGUCUGUUCAUUUAUUUUGGCCUGCCAUAAGAUUAUGCCAGAAUUCACUAAAUUUGUGUUCAUUUUACUUGCUUCCAUGAGUCUAUCUUUUAAAAUCGAACGAUUGAUUUUUUUUUAGCCUCACUGCCUUCCUUAGUUGCUUGCUGAUUUUAUUUUUAUUUAAAGCUCGUACUUUUCCAAACAUUGAAGUAUAUUCAUUGAAAACUCAAUACAUAUUUUCUUGAAGAUCGUUGAAUGAAAAAGCACAUGUACUGAACUUUUAUUCUACACAUUGAAUGCAUAAAGCACAUUCAUCCUCUUUCAGAUGGGAAGAGAAAAGUCUGUGCUUUAUUUUCUUAUACACCCUCAGUACAGAGAAAAUAGACUUUUCCCUCAAAUCAUGUGCCUAUUUGAAGCUUUACCAGGAAUGUUUUCAGUAACUAUUUCAUUUUCCCAAAGAUACUUGCUAUUUUAAUGUUAUUCUGUGCGCCUGAUUGUUUUUCCCAUGGAACAAUUCUUUUGAGAGGCAAAUGUUUUCUUAAAUGAUGCAUAUUUUAAGACUUGAUUCUUAUUGCCACUGUGCUGUCCUUGAACUACCAAUGUUUUUCACGAAAUAUCUAGUUUUCACUACUUUUCUAUAUUUUGCUUCCCAAAUGAGAGCUGAGCCUGAAUACAAAGGGUUGUUUUAGUUUUGUACUUUCUUUUGUUUUCAUAGUAGAGUUGUUGAUUUUUUUAAACUACAUUUUUAUAUAUCAUAUAUAUAUAUACAGUUUUGAAGACAAUCAAGUAACAACUGAAAAUGUGAAAAUAACCGUGGGAUUUGGGUGUUUUUUUUCUCACAAAAUUCCCUUGAAUUUUUAUUCUUUGCUUGAAAUGUGUAAAAGGUUUAAGUCACUGGUUUAUUGAAUUAAUUUUUCCCCCUGUUAAGAAAAUAGAAACAACAGUGGUACAGCAAGUGUGGUGAUUACAGGAUUCAUAAAAUUACACUGACUUCACUGUUACUUGAUCUUAUAAAACCAGCACAGUUAAAGAUAUUAUGAAUGCCAAUUUAUAUUUUAUUAAGAGCUAUAAAUCUAAAUAGAUCCUAUUGUAUGUUCAGGGUCUAGUCCAGUUAUUUAAGUUCAUGUUUCACUAUUUGCACUUUGCAUUGAACAAUGGGUUUAUUCGCUGAUGAAUGGUUGAAAUGGUUCAAGUAGAGAAUUUAUAUAGGUGUGGAAAUUUUGAUGUGAUGGAUACACUUGCACACAUGUACACACACACACACACACACACACACACACACACACACACAUGCAGACACCCUUCAGGAGGGUGGGGAGGAAAAAAGGAGCUCUUCUGAAUAUGUGACCAUAAUUUAUGGAAAAUGAUAACACAUGAACUUCUUUGCCUUGAUUCAACCAUGCACCUGGAGAGCACCAGAGGCUUGUGUCAGGAUGAUACAAUUAAAAAGGACCAAGGACUAAGGAUAAUAAAAACUUUGAAAUCAUAUAUUUAAAUGUUCCUAUUUGCUCUGCCUUUUGGUUCUGAUCCUGAAGUUGUCCCUAAACUGCAAAGCCUAACUAAGACUUGGGUGUUUAGGUAAAAUACUUUUUUUUUAGAACACCAACACUCAUAUAAUCUAAUUUGUGGCUAGUCUCUCUCUCUCUCUCUCUCUCUCUUUCUGUCUCUCUCUCUUUCCCUCCUUCCCUCCCUCCUCUCUCCUUUCUCUCUCCUCUUUCUCUUUCCCUCCCUCCCUCCCUGUCUCUCCUCUCUCCCUCCCUCCUUCCCUGCUGUUUCUUCCCCCUCCCUCCCACUGGGAAAAAUGAAAACAAAACAUAUUGGAAAUAAAAUGGCUUGAGUGUCAGUGAUAUUCUCCCAGAAUGUACUUUUCUUACCUCGGCAUGUACUGUAGUCACUCAGUAUUUGUAUAUGUUGCUAGACUUUAGAUUGUUAUAAAUAGUGAAAUUUCAAUGUGUUCAUGUGUUUUUAAUAAAUUGUAUAUUGUAAAUUGUAUAAGUUCAGAUUUGUUUUUUGGCUUGAAUAAAACCACCAUAUUGUA